AUGUGUUUCGGUAGCAAAUUGAAAGGCGAAGCACCAUCCGGAUUUGAAAACGACAAUCUCAAUUCACGACCACUCAACGCAAUACCUCAGGGGAAAAGCUCGAUCAAAAUGCCACAGACCGAAUCUUACUCUCCUCCAGCGGGACCACCACCGUCGCAAAAACCUGGGCCUUAUAACGAGCAAUAUGCACCCCCGCCUGGCCCCCCACCUUCGUACCAAUAUGCCCCUCCUUCGGGCCCACCACCUCAAGCGCCAUAUCACGAUUGGCAAACCGCGGUCCCUGACACAUCUCUUCUGCCGCCUCCUCCAUCGAUGGGACAUCAACGAAGCGAUGGAAACAACGCUACAGAAGAAGAGGCACUUCAAGGGAAAGCAUGGUGUGAGCAGAACCCUUUGGGACCGCCAGUACAAUUCCCCCAGGCUGCUCUAGAAGCACUUGAUGCUGGAAAUAUUGGUGUCAUUAAGCCAAGGUCUUACAAUGGUGAUCUUUCACGUCCGCGACAAGGUGUUUGGACUGGAAAGACAAAGUCAAACAGCAAGGAUUCAUGCAUUAUUUCUACGCUUCCGUUGUACUCCGUGUAUGCGCAUUCACCUUUACAAACCGAAAUUGGCAAAACAAUAUACUACGAGGUCAAAAUAUCAAAUAGAUGUCGUGGGGAAAUCACUUUGGGAUUAGGAUAUGUUGCACAGCCAUAUCCAACUUUCAGAUUGCCUGGUUGGCAUCGAGGGUCAUUGGGUGUUCACGGCGAUGAUGGUCACAAAUACAUUAAUGAUCUAUGGGGUGGUAAGGACUUUACAAGUAAAUUUCAAGCCGGCCAGACUGUCGGAAUUGGAAUGACUUUCACUCCACGAAAUGUCAAUAGUCCUCCUGCAUAUGAUUCUGGACCAUCACAAACCACGGCUAAAACUCCUAUCGACGUUGAGAUUUUCUUUACCAGAGACGGCAAAAAGGGUGGCAGAUGGAAUCUUCAUGAAGAGGGCGAUUCCGUUGAAGAUCUUCCCGUCACAGGAUUAGAAGGAAUGCACGACUUGUAUGCCGCCGUAGGAACAUUCGACAAAGUUGAAUUUGAAAUCGUUUUCAAUGAAAGGGAGUGGAUGUAUCGCCCAUAUUGA